AUGGGUUGCUGUUUUUCUCGGUCGGCUGGCCCGAAUUCUCCUUAUCCCGGUGGGAUCCCAAAUGCAUCCGCGCGACACAUUAAUCCCCCGCCGCUGAGUCUUGGUGAGAGCGCAGCAACGCCGGUCACCGCUGCGAACCCGGCUUCCCCUCGCCGCCGACGUCGCCGUGAUCGAGGACCCAUUGACGAGCACAUAAACAAGCCUCUUCGACGCCACGUCUGGGCCUCAGUCGACCGCCAAUGGACAAGAAAGGAAUUAGACACUGAGCGCGCAGAAUACUUUGAUACGCGUGUCACCGCCCGAUCGGAGAUUUGGCAGACGCUCCAUGGCGCGCUGCAGGUUCUUUGGGAACCCCCCACCCAGGAAACAAAUGACAAUGGCCAGACGGCGCUCCAGACGGCGCAGUCCAUGCUCAACGCUGCCGAAAUUUCGCUACCAACGGGGAAUCUGGUCAAUGGGGCGUACGACUCCUUUGGCAACUUUUACCCACUGCCCGAAUGGGUCGUCUCAGAUCCGCAAAACAUCAUUGAGCAUGACCAAGAUAGAGACGGUCUUGGCAGCGGUGACGAUGAAACCCAGGGCGAUGGGGAGGGGGCGGAGAUGGGCAAAGAGGAAAAGGGCAAGAACGUCGACGAAGGCGAGCCGAUUCAAGUCCGCGCCCGUCUGAGCGAAGCUGGCAACGACAUUAGCGUCUCCGUAUCAAAAACCGACGUCGUGAGGAACGUCAUUAGAAAACUCGCAGCCGAAGCUAAGCUCUCUUCCACAAAAAAAAUACGGCUCGCCUACAUGGGCAAGCUGCUUAAAGAGACCGCCACGCUCGAAGCUCAAGGCUGGCAGGAUGGUCAUAUUGUGAAUGCCCUCAUCUUCAACCGUUGA